AUGAAGGGGGCCCGAACCGUCGAUUUACAGGGGGAGAACAUCAGAGCCCGGCACGGGGACUGGGAGCCCCCAGUCCUCAUCGUCACCCCCUUGGAGGACCAGCAGGUGUUCGUGGGUGACCGCGUGGAGAUGGUGGUGGAGGUGUCCGAAGAGGGCGCCCAGCUCAUGUGGAUGAAGGACGGCGUGGAGAUGACCCGCGAGGACUCGUACAAGGCGCGCUACCGCUUCAAGAAGGACGGCAAGAGGCACCUGCUCAUCUUCUCCGAGGUCUCCCAGGACGACAUGGGCCGCUACAAGGUCCUGACCAACGGCGGCCAGUGCGAGGCCGAGCUCAUCGUGGAGGAGAAGCAGCUGGAGGUCCUCCAGGACAUCGCGGACCUGACGGUGAAGGCUUCCGACCAGGCCGUGUUCACGUGCGAGGUGUCUGACGAGAAGGUGACCGGCAAGUGGUACAAGAACGGCGUGGAGGUUCGGCCCAGCAAGCGGAUCACCAUCACCCACAAGGGCCGGAUCCACAAGCUGGUCAUCGAUGACGUCCGUCCUGAGGACGAGGCCGACUACACCUUUGUGCCCGAUGGCUUCGCCCUCAGCUUGUCAGCCAAGCUCAACUUCUUGGAGAUUAAGAUUGAUUACGUCCCCAAGCAAGAACCCCCCAAGAUCCACCUGGACUGCUCGGGGAAGACCUCAGAGAACACUAUUGUGGUGGUGGCUGGAAACAAACUCAGGCUGGACGUGGCCAUCACAGGAGAGCCCCCUCCCACCAUCACCUGGCUGAAGGGGGAUCAGGUAUUCACUGAGACAGAGGGCCGAACCCACCUGGAGCAGCGGCCAGACAACAGCAGCUUUGUGAUCGAGGGGGCUGAGAGGUCGGAUGAGGCCAAGUACACCAUUAAAGUCACCAACCCCGUGGGCGAGGAUACAGCCUCCAUCUUUGUCAGGGUCGUGGAUGUGCCAGACCCCCCUGAGGCUGUGCGCAUCACCUCCGUGGGAGAAGACUGGGCCAUCUUGGUCUGGGAGCCACCUAAGUAUGAUGGUGGCCAGCCCGUUACUGGCUACCUCAUGGAGAGGAAGAAGAAGGGCUCCCAGCGAUGGAUGAAGCUAAACUUUGAGGUCUUCACGGAGACGACAUACGAGUCCACUAAGAUGAUUGAGGGCGUCCUCUAUGAAAUGCGUGUCUUUGCUGUCAACGCCAUUGGGGUCUCCCAGCCCAGCAUGAACACCAAGCCCUUCAUGCCCAUUGCUCCCACAAGCGAGCCCUUGCACCUGACAGUAGAGGAUGUGACUGAUACAACCACCACCCUGAAGUGGCGCCCUCCGGACAGGAUUGGGGCUGGGGGCAUUGAUGGCUACAUCGUGGAAUACUGCUUGGAGGGCUCGGAAGACUGGGUGGCAGCCAACACUGAGCCUGUGGAGCGCUGCGGUUUCACAGUCAAAGACCUGCCCACGGGGGCCAGAAUCCUCUUCCGAGUGGUUGGAGUCAACAUUGCUGGCCGCAGCGAACCAGCCACCCUCGUCCAGCCGGUCACCAUCAGGGAGAUUGUGCAACAACCCAAGAUCCGGCUCCCGAGACACCUUCGGCAGACCUACAUCCGCAGGGUGGGAGAACAGCUCAACCUGGUCAUUCCUUUCCAGGGGAAGCCACGGCCCCAGGUGGUAUGGACGAAGGGUGGGGCACCCUUGGACACGUCCCGCAUCCACAUUCGGACGAGCGACAUGGAUACCGUGUUCUUCGUGCGUCAGGCAGCUCGGUCAGACUCCGGAGAGUAUGAGCUGAGUGUGCAAAUAGAGAACAUGAAAGACACAGCCACCAUCCGGAUCCGAGUUGUGGAGAAGGCAGGGCCCGCAGAGAAUGUGAUGGUGAAGGAGGUGUGGGGCACCAAUGCCCUGGUGGAAUGGCAGCCCCCCAAGGAUGAUGGUAACAGCGAGAUCACCGGCUACUUCAUCCAGAAGGCCGACAAGAAGACUAUGGAGUGGUUCACUGUUUAUGACCACAGCCGGCCCACCAGAUGCACCAUCUCUGACCUUAUCAUUGGCAAUGAAUACUAUUUCCGAGUGUUUAGUGAAAAUAUCUGUGGGCUCAGUGACUCUCCUGGCAUGUCCAAGAACACAGCCAAGAUCCUCAAAACAGGAAUCACCUUGAAACCUCUGGAGUUUCAGGAGCACGAUUUCCGCUCGGCCCCCAAGUUCCUGACCCCCCUGCUGGACCGCGUGGUGGUGGCGGGAUACUCCGCAGCUCUCUACUGUGCCGUGCGGGGGCACCCCAAGCCAAAGGUGGUUUGGAUGAAGAACAAAAUGGAGAUUCACGAAGACCCCAAGUUCCUAAUGACCAACCAGCAGGGCAUCCUGACCCUCAACAUCCGGCGUCCGAGUCCCUUUGAUGGUGGCACCUACUCCUGCCGGGCAUUCAACGAGCUGGGCGAGGCUCUGGCUGAAUGCAAACUGGAGGUCCGAGUGCCGCAGUAAUCCUGCCUCCGGACACAACGCCUGGCCCUUCUCCAGCUUAUUUCAAACAUGAGACUUGACUGAU